CUGAGCAGUUUGCACCUGAAGGAUGAAAAAACCAAACCAGAUGCCAACGGUGCUGUCGUCAAGGCUGAUGACAACGUGGAGAAGACAGAAGAUGAGGAGAAGGAGGACAGAGCUGCCCAGUCCUUGCUGAACAAGCUCAUCCGCAGCAACCUGGUGGACACCACAAACCAGGUGGAGGUGCUGCAGCGGGACCCCACCUCGCCCCUCUACUCCGUCAAGUCCUUCGAGGAGCUGCGACUGAAACCACAGCUCCUGCAAGGAGUCUAUGCCAUGGGCUUCAACAGACCCUCUAAGAUACAAGAGAACGCCCUGCCCAUGAUGCUCGCCGAGCCGCCACAGAAUCUGAUCGCACAGUCGCAGUCUGGCACCGGGAAGACGGCCGCCUUCGUCCUGGCCAUGCUCAGCCGUGUGGAACCCGGCAACAAGUACCCCCAGUGUUUGUGCCUUUCCCCAACGUACGAGCUGGCGCUUCAGACGGGAAAAGUCAUCGAGCAGAUGGGGAGGUUUUAUCCAGAGCUGAAACUGGCCUAUGCUGUCCGGGGCAACAAAUUGGAGAGGGGUCAGAAGAUCUCUGAGCAGAUUGUGAUUGGCACGCCUGGCACCGUGCUGGACUGGUGUUCCAAACUGAAAUUUAUAGACCCCAAGAAAAUCAAAGUGUUCGUCUUGGAUGAGGCUGAUGUCAUGAUAGCCACCCAGGGCCACCAGGACCAGAGCAUCCGCAUUCAGAGAAUGCUCCCCAAGGACUGCCAGAUGCUUCUGUUCUCAGCCACUUUUGAGGAUUCCGUGUGGAAGUUUGCUCAAAAAGUUGUUCCUGACCCAAACAUCAUCAAGCUGAAGAGAGAGGAGGAGACUCUGGACACUAUUAAACAGUAUUACGUCCUGUGCAACAACAGAGAUGAGAAGUUCCAGGCUCUGUGUAACAUCUACGGUGCUAUCACCAUCGCCCAGGCCAUGAUCUUCUGCCACACCCGGAAGACGGCGGGGUGGCUGGCAGCAGAGCUGUCCAAGGAAGGGCAUCAGGUGGCACUGCUCAGCGGGGAGAUGAUGGUGGAGCAGAGAGCGGCCGUCAUCGAGCGCUUCCGAGAGGGCAAGGAGAAGGUGCUGGUGACCACAAACGUCUGUGCCAGAGGUAGGGUGCAGCAGGAGCACUGGCCAGAAAGAAUUCCUGUCCUCAGAUGCUCCAAUCUGGACAAAUUCUGGUCCUUAAA